AUGAGGUUAAGAUCAACAGAAAUGCAUUUCAUUCGACGUCCACCACUCAUUCUACUAUGCAUGUGCUUCAUCCUACUUUCUCGUGUCAAUGGAAGAAUGAACGACACAUUGAGAAACAAAUUUCUCACCCUUCACAAUGAUGUAAGACAAACUGUUCGGAAUGGUCAACUCAAAGGACAACCGACAGCCGUUUCUAUCGAACCAAUGAAAUACAAUCUGGAACUGGAAAAGAAGGCACAAACAUUAUCCGAACAGUGUCGUGCCGGACAUGACAGAGCUGUGGACAGAAAAGUUUCCCCAUUUCAAUAUGUUGGACAAAAUUGGGCAGGUGCAGGGACAAUCGAACUGGGAUUCAAAUCAUGGCUGGAUGAAAAUAAACAUUAUGAUUACUUCAAAGUUAUUGUGGAGAAGGUCAAUGUAAUGAAUAUACACAGAUUGUCUGGGAAGAAACUACCGAUAUUGGUUGCAGUGUAA